CGACGCCUAUCCAUCCUGCGGGAGUCACCCGAAAGCCCCCAAGGCAGUUAAUCACCUAAUUAAUCCAUAAUCCCAGUCCCAGCCACGGGAACUCCCUCACUGCUAUUCUGUGCCUGCUCUUAUAUCUGCCCCUUGCGUCGCACUCUUUUCUUCCUCUCCCAACAACACAGUAAUUCCAGUUGCCCUACCGAAGCUCUACACUUCCGUCGAUCCGACCGUCCAUCAACGCUCAACACCGUCAACAUGCCUUUUACCGCAUCCGAUAUCUGCAAGAUCAUCCUCGCCAUCAUCCUCCCUCCUCUAGGUGUCUUUCUCGAGCGAGGAUGCAACGCUGAUUUCUUCAUCAACAUCCUGCUCACCAUCUUGGGUUACAUUCCGGGUAUCAUCCACGCUCUCUACAUCAUUCUGAAGUAUUGAGCGAGGGCUCAAAAUGAUCUCCCCUACUAUACCACCGACUACCACCCCAGCCCGCGAGGACCGACCCAACCUCGUUUCCAAAGCUUGAUAUCCCACCCCCGCCUUUUGAUUCCCCAAACAUGCUACAGCAGACCUCGAUCAGUGCGUCCAUCAACGUCUCCACACACGCAUGAAAUUGAUCAAGAAUCCGACAGAAGUUGGAUCAUGCGAGACUCAGAACGACCAGUGAUGCGAAUGGACUGGUGUAACAUGGUCAAACCCAUAACUCGUUUGCUGGACGGAUAGGCACAGAACCGUUCAACUUCGGCGCACAUAGGACACGGGCUGGAGCACGUGGGCUUGGAUGUGUAAACACCUUAAUAGCAGCAUAAUGAGACACUGUUUUUACUAA